AGAGGAGAGGAAUCCGCAGGAGCGCAGCGAUGGAGCAAUUCUAGGGGAUAGCGGCGGAUUCCGCUGACCAAGACCAACGGACAGAGUCAUCUACAUGACCAAAGAAGCUACAGCGGCAACAAGAAACGCAACAAUAACAAUCAUGCAAUUUAAAUACAGACGAAUUUGAGGGCACCGCUUCUUCUUCAAGGUUACACCGCUUGAAGACGCCCCGCAACAUCCUCCUGUCGCAGAUCAGCCAGCGAUCCGUCACCGGUGACGACCAUGUCAGUGGAAGAGCAGGGCUAUCCCGACGCUAUGAUGCUGCUGGAGGCCGCGCCGGAGUGGCUGCGGGCCGAGAUCGAGCGUCUCUCCCGGGAGCUGAGUGAGACCACGAACGAGAAGAUCCAGGCGGCGGAGUACGGGCUGGCGGUGCUGGAGGAGAAGCAGCAGCUCAAGCAGCAGUACGACGACCUGGAGAUCGAGUAUGAGGCCGUCCGACAGGAGCUUGACCAGCUGAAAGAGGCCUUUGGACAAGCUCAUUCCAACCACAGGAAGGUGGCAGCAGAUGGGGAGAGUCGUGAAGAGUCUCUAAUCCAGGAGUCGGCCUGCAAGGAGGCCUACUACGAGCAGAGGGUCCUUGAGCUUCAAACAGAGCUCCGGCAGUCACGCAACAUCCUCACCAACACCCAGUCCGAGAAUGAACGCCUUAACUCCAUCACCCAAGAGAUGAGAGAGAACAGCCAGAUGGUGGAGCUCCAGAGGAAUCAGCUGCGUGACGACAUCAAGGAGUACAAGUUCCGGGAGAGCCGUCUGCUGCAGGACUACACCGAGCUGGAGGAGGAGAACAUCUCGCUGCAGAAGCAGGUCUUGGUGCUGAAGCAGAGUCAGGUGGAGUUUGAGGGCUUGAAGCAUGAGAUCCGUCGUCUCGAGGAGGACACCCAGUUCCUUAACAGCCAGCUGGAGGACGCCAUCCGCCUCAAAGAGAUCUCUGAGCGUCAGCUCAGCGAAGCUCUGGAGACCAUCAAGACUGAGCGCGAGCUGAAGGCUUCUCUGAGGAAGGAGCUGUCCCACUACAUGAGCAUCGGAGACACUCUGUACCACAGCCCCCUCAGCAUCUCUCUGGACGGUCUGAAGUUCAGCGACGAUGCGGCCACCGAGCCCAACAACGACGAGGCUCUCCACGGAUACGAGAACGGCUUCAUCAAGCUGGCCAACGCCAUCACCGACGACAACCGCAUCUCCACGCCCAAGAACGAAGAGCUGUUCCGUCCCGCGCCCAGCCUUGUCGACGACCUGCUCAGCGAACUUAACAUCUGCGAGAUUCAGAAGCUGAAGCAGCAGCUGAUGCAGAUGGAGCGCGAGAAGGUCAACCUGCUGUCCAACCUGCAGGACUCCCAGAAACAGCUGGAGCAGGCGAACGGCGCCCUGUCCGAGCACCAGGAGAAGGUCAACCGCCUCACUGAGAACCUCAACGCCAUCCGCAAGCUCCAAGCCAGCAAGGAGCGCCAGUCUGCCCUGGACAACGAGAAAGAGCGCGACAGCCACGAGGACGGCGAUUACUACGAGGUGGACAUCAACGGACCCGAGAUCCUGGAGUGCAAGUACAAGGUGGCCGUGUCCGAGGCAGGAGAGCUGAAGGAGGAACUGAAGACCCUGAAGGCAGAAUACCAGGCCUGCCAGUCACGCUACGAAGAGGAGCGCACCCGCCUGGAGAACGACGUCACCACGCUGGGAGAGAAGCUGUCAUCUCUGGAGAAGAGCAGUCGUACUGAGAAGGAAGAGAAGGCCAAACUGGAGAAGGAGCUGCGCAAGCUGAGUGACGUGGCGGGCGAGUCCCAGGGCAGUCUGAGUGUUGCUCAAGACGAGCUGGUCACCUUCAGUGAAGAGCUGGCCACCCUCUACAACCACGUCUGCAUGUGCAACAACGAGACCCCCAACCGGGUCAUGCUCGACUUCUACAAGGAGGGGAAAGGUGGUCGCAGCAGCCCGGAGGGCCGCGGGCGCCGCUCGCCCAUCCUUCUCACCAAGGGCCUGUUCCCCGAGCCCGGCAAGGCCGACCUCAGCGACGGAGUCCCUUCGCCGGUCUCCUCCCUGCCUUCCCCCGUGUCCGACCACCGGCGCGAGCCCAUGAACAUCUACAACCUGGUGGCCAUCAUCCGAGACCAGAUCAAGCACCUGCAGCUGGCCGUGGACCGCACCACGGAGCUGUCGCGCCAGAGGGUCGCCUCCCUGGAGCUCGGCGCCGUGGCCGACAAGGACAAGGAGGCCUGCAUGGAGGAGAUCCUCAAACUGAAGUCCCUGCUCAGCACCAAGCGCGAGCAGAUCGCCACCCUGCGGACCGUCCUCAAGGCUAACAAGCAGACAGCUGAAGUUGCUCUCGCCAAUCUGAAGAGCAAGUACGAGAACGAGAAGGCCAUGGUGACCGAGACCAUGAUGAAACUGAGGAAUGAGCUCAAGGCUCUCAAGGAAGACGCCGCCACCUUUUCCUCUCUCCGAGCCAUGUUCGCCACACGCUGUGACGAAUACGUGACGCAGCUGGAUGAGAUGCAGAGGCAGCUGGCCGCGGCGGAGGACGAGAAGAAGACCCUCAACUCGCUGCUGCGGAUGGCCAUCCAGCAGAAGCUGGCCCUGACGCAGCGCCUGGAAGACCUGGAGUUCGACCACGAGCAGACCCGCCGGGGGGGCAACUCCGGCCGGGCCAAGGCGCGCAAGGCCGCCGGCGGCACCGCCGGCAACCCCCACGUAAGUCAGAGUCUCACCUGCUCUGGCCUGCCGGAGCUCAACAACUCCAUGCCCAACGGCAUCCUGGGAGGCCCCGUGGUUUUCUGCAGUGAGAAGUACAAGAUCUACUGCGACUGAGGCGGCUGCAAACGUCCGCACGGGACUGCUGUGUACAGAGGGUGGGGGGGGGGGGGGGGCGCCGCGCGCGCGCGCCGAACCCUCCCCGCCUUAGUGUUAAAGAGCCCCACUCGCUCGCUUUAGCUCCCUGGCCGGCCCGCGCUGUGUGACUAACCGGCUGCUCGUGUGUGCUAGUGUAAACGCUUAGGGGAAUGCAGAUGUAUGUACAGUGUGCACUAGACGUUUGGACUGUAGUAGACAUAUACGGCAUGUGGAAUAUAGGGCCCCCGGUUAUAUUGGGGGGGUGUAGUGGGUGUUCUGGAGUGUCUAUUCUAUCCGCUGUCAUGGUGCUGUACGUAUGAUGUAAAAGGUGGCAGCUUCUGUGCUCGUUCGUUCUGACCCCCUGAGUGGCUUGCCUAGUAACAUUAACACAUCUUUGAGGGGGGGGGGGAUGGAGACAUGUGAAGAGGAUGUCAUUGAAAGAGACGAAAGAUGACAUCCUCUGUUGUUUGACUUGUCUGCUGGCAUCGGUGCUCCUUUGGAAAAGAGAAAAAAAGCCCCCCGCCGCUCCCUUGCCUCUCCGUCCUGGCGCCCCCAGGACCGGCCUGCGCUCAGCGGCCCACUCUCUAACGAAAUGUUUACAAUAAGAAAAUAAAAGAAUCGAAAAUAUGCAAGCUCCCUCUGCCUUCCGGCUAGGGGAGCAUCAAUGUGAUUCAACUCAGAAAUUCAGAACUCAUCCGUGGGCUAUUGGUAUUGCGAUGGCAACGUCCGGGCAGAAAAGGAGCACCUGUGACCACGGGUGUUUAUUUCAGGAUCAUUUUAAAAGCUGUGAUGCUAGCACACCAAUCCUGUAGGGUCUGUAGAAUCGCAUGGCUUUUGCAGCUGAAAACGCUUCUGAGCUUUUUCUAACCUUUUUUUUUUUUUUUUUUUCUGUCGUCGAGCGCGUGGUACAAGACAAGCUCCUGUACUGCAGGGCUCGGCGUUGUAAGAUGAAGAGUUAUUUGGUGUCUGGUGAAAUACAGGAGGGCUGUCUACUCCAUGUGACCCAUUACGUUGCGAUGGAUUCUCUCAGAGCCAUAUUGCAAGAGGCGGAAAGGAAGUUUGACAAAUCGAUCUCCACAUCUAAAUUAAGUGCACUUCAGCAUAUAGGUGCCUCAGGUUCCUGCUUCUGUUAAAACGGACACAAAGAUUACUGUGAACAGAGAUACAAUAUAGUUUUGAUCAAAGAAGAUUUUUUUGUAAGAAAAAUAUGGAGCAAAUCCUCGAAGAGCACAAAUCAAACACAAAGAAACUCACAUCUGGACAAUAAAUCUGCAAACGAAAACCUGGCGAAAGUGCCUGUCAACCCCAAACACUUGAUAUAUUUAUCUAUCUAUCUGUUGAUGUAAAGCCCCGUCCUCCUGUUUCAGCUUCAGCUAACAACCUUCUUUGGCUUCCUUUCCCCCGUCUGCCCUCUGCUCUAUUUUUAGAAGCUUGCUGAGAGCUCCCGAAUAAUUUUCUGUGUGGCUGAAACCUGUUUUUUCCCCCCUCAUGUCUCUAACCCGUGUCUCGUCACCCGGUCACGAUGACGACUUUCUCUCUCGUAGAUUGUCAGCAGCUUGCUCCCCCAGCAUCACCACUCACCCUUUAACUAGAAAGAGGAAAAACGGGGAAAUUUGCCCUCUGAAUAAUUUUGUCAGGUAACGUCCUCGCAUACGCUGUGUUUUCUGACCGAUUAUUAUUUUUUUGCCUGUGUGUAAAUCUCAGUGUUGAAAUGAAGAGCCCUCAUAUGUGUGUGUGUGUGUGUGUGUACUCUGAGUUUAACCACUGCAAAUGGAGGGCGUCUUUUCUUUUUUUUUUUUUUUUCCUUUGUCUUUCGGUGUGUGAGGACAAAGCAAUGUACUGUUUUAGUAUUGACAAUAGCUUUAAACCCUUGCAAGCUAGUAUUACGCAAAUAGGAAAAAUAUGAGUGGGGCUUGUGUUUAAUACAUCCAUGUACUGCUUGUGGAUCAUAGACACAUUAGCUUUAUGAUGCAGAAAGCAGGGUUGAUGUGAGGAAAUCCUGCAAGAUUUAUACGAACUUUGCAUUUUCUACGACUAAGCUAUAUAUUGAACUCUAUAUUCUUAAUGUGAUCCUAUUCAGGUUGCAAUCUUGCAGGAUGCUACGACAGUAUUUCUUCCUCUUGAUGACAAAUAGAAUGAACAAGUCGUCAACCCUGCUUGACACGUGCAUCCGUAAGCCACAGCACACAGCAUGGAGACAAGGCUAAUCGUACACGUUAGAGCAAAAAAGAACAAAAAAAAGAAAAUAGAGAAAAAACAACCUCCCGAGAGGUCACUCACUCUUCUGUUUGAGAUUCACCUAACUUAACAAGUGCGAUAUAUUGUGUUUCUAUCGGUUUGCGCUGACAGAAUAGGUUCGGGGGAGUAGAGGAGGGAGAUCUACCCCUGUUGUAAACCAGCUCCUGGAAAAGGAGAUAAGAGAGCUGGACACGAUGGUGAAGAAAACCAGAUGUCUGGCCGAUACCGGCGAGACAUUAGCCCAGGAUUCUCCCCAGGGAGAAACUCCUGCUGACAUUUGGAGGAAAAAAAAAAUAGAAGAAGAAGAAAGCCUGUUUCUUGGUCAAACAGUGGACAUUGAUUCAAAUUAGCUGAGGCGACGACCCUUUUCCCCUGUACAGGUUUUGUGGAUUCAGUGAGCAAUAGAUAGAUCCCAGGAUGUGAUAGUGACUAGAAACCCCCCCUCCCCAGGAUAGAUGAGCUCCCACUUUGCUCCAUCUACUUUGAAAUCAAUGUCCGGCUAACCUGGCGCCGUUGCAACGCGCCGCCUGAAACUCUCCUCCUACCUCUGCCUGCAGGCUCCUCCCACGUCACCUCUUAAGUUUUCUGUCACACGUUGCAUCUCGUUUCUGAUUUCCUCAUAAGCCUGCAUGUCUCAGACAUAAGCCGUUGCUCUUCAGCUUGCAUGGUCGGUGUGUGAGAGACUAUCGUGUCUCCUGAGGGACGCGGCUCCGCUCCGUCCUGACGUGUGAGAGAUCUUGGUACUUGUGAGUCAUUGGCUUCCUAACUUCAUCUGCAAAAUUUAACUUGUGGCGGUUGCGCUUUCCCGCCAUCGGCUCCUCUCAAACAUAUCGACGGCGUCGAUAUUUUUUUUAUUUUUUUUUUUUGGCGCCUAAUAACUUUGCUGUGUGCUGCUUCGACUAACUCCGGCCGCCACCUGCCGCCGGCCGCCUCUAACAAGCCGCUCUCCAGUGACCCAGAAUGCUAACGAUGCUUAUCGUCUGUUUGUUUCUCCAUUUUUGCAGUAAUUACAGUAAUUCUGCGCCGGCGACGACGUACCGACACGAGGUCUGUUGUGGCGGCUGAUUGGCACGGGCGAAAAGCGUUAGCACCGUAGGCUAUUUGGACUCGAUAAACUACAAAACAAAGUGAAAACACAAAACAGAAUACACUGAUUUUUAAGUCCAAAUGAGUUUAUCUCAUUUUGCUUUCGAAUACUAAAAAAAAAAGCACAUUUUAACGACACUGCCUUGUUACUUUAUUGCGUGCAGCUGCUGUGGAAGCCGAUUCCUCACAAGUCCAAUGAAACAAAGAGUGUGAUUGGCUGAUAAAACCCUCCAGGGGACACGGGGUUGUUUCUCAACAUGAAUCACAAGCUGUUUUAUUUGGCUUAAGUGUUUUUUUUUUUCUUUUUUGUUUAUUAUUUUCAUAAUAUGUGCACUUUCAUUAUAUAGGAAUUUUAACGUACUAUUAUUAACCAGUAGGAAAAGCAUGGUAGUACUAUGGUUUGUGAGUUAUCCAGUUUAGACUAUGAGACUAUAGGAUGAGACGUCCUCCUCAAUUUAAAUUCAAAGCUACUUUUUUUGCUCAAAGUAAAGGCUCCACAAACCACAAACGUACUAUGAUGACUCUGUCCUCAAGAUUUUAUCCAUCAAGUAAUCAUUCUGAUGUUUUGUUACAUAUGUUAAGCUGUUCUUUUUGUGUUUGUUCUACUGCCAUGUUCUACACAAGAAAAAAAAAAAUCCAGGGUGAUCAAAUUCUGGGGUUUUUUCAUGUAUUUAUUAUUCCUAGGAAUAGUUCAAAAUUUACAAGAUGAAACUUGACGACGCUCUGACUAAAGUAGGUAAGUUGUGUUCCGGGAAAGAAUUGAGUGGCACGACGCGCUUUUUCUUUUCCCGAGCUUCUUACCGAAGGGCGUCCCACUGAAACGGGGUCACUGGCUCACAGAAUUCUCUGCAAGGGCGACGAUUAAAAUUCCAAAUUGGAAUUGUUUCAUUCUCUCUUCGUUUUAUCGUGCCGAAUCUCGGCACACCGUUUAGGUCGAAAAGAAUCAAGACUGGGAAGGAAGGCAGGCCGCCUCUGAGAAAAGGCGUUUGCUGGGGCCGUGGCGUCUCCCAGCGAGCGCCGGGGUUUUGCUUUUGGUUUGUUUAGCUCUUUGUUUCUGACCAGUAGUGCCUUUCAUUGUUUCAAGGGAGAAUCUUAGGCUAGUGUUUUGUGUUCCUGUUUUUUAUAGGUGAGGACUUUGGGUUCAACUGUGAGCAGCAAUAAGCGCAAAAGGGAAUUUGCCCCUUUUUUGCAUGAGUGAGAUAUUAGUUUUGAAAUUAGCUCAAUAAAACUGAAAUUGCAUUGAAUUCUGCAGGUCAGUGAUCCACUCAAUAAAUUCAGGGGUAUUAAGAAAAGGUUGGUUUUUUUUGUUUGUUGUUGGGUUUUUUUUUGUUUUUGUUUUUUGUUUUGUUUUUUAAAUCAAACUUUGGGAACCAAAAGAAAUCCCUUUGGCCUCCUGUUAUUGAACAAAUGACUCCAAGCAUCUGUAAUGUGUUGGGGUAGCUCAGUGUACUAUUGGAAACAUCUAUGUAUCUCUAGCUUUGUUUGGUGAAGGUAAUGUGUUAUCAAUAGUAUUGUUGAAAAAAUGUGCAGAGAGCGCAUUUUGUCUUUCCUUUUUUUUCCAAUUUCAGUUUUGUUUGUUUUUUUAUUACUCUUGAAUUUUUUUCUUUUUUCUUUUUUUCUUUUUUUUUUUACAUCAUCUUUAAGCAUUAUGUUUUCAGGAAACAGAAAACAAAUCUGGCAUCAACAAGCUUGAAUAGUGCCAUGAUAGCCAAUGCUUGUUUGUUGAGGCAUUAAAGUUACCAAUAUGGUUUGAGAAGCUAAAAGAAAAAGUGCAAUUUAGAUGCUGUUUUACAUUUAUAAAAAGAAAGAGACAAAGUUUUCUGUUUGCUGGAAGCGAUAGCAUUGUGAUAAUAAAGAUUAGCUGUGCAAACUUUAUAUUGUCAUAUUGUGUUUCAGUAUUGAUCCAUAAUAAGAAUUUGAUAUCUUUAUAUGAAAAUAACAACUUCACCUGUAUGUUGGUAUUUAUUUGAAUUGUCAUGCAGUACUGUAUUCUUAUCAAUAAUGUGCAUUAUGAUUAGUGGCAUAUUGAUUACGACUAAAUGUCAUAUGCAUGUUUCUCAGAUAUGGGACCUUUACACAGAAUUGAAAACAAACAUGGAAAACUUUUGUCAGGGUGGUUAAAAAUUUAAAAAAUGGGGUGGAAAAAAAAAAUUAAAAGAGAAAGUUGAGUCUAAUGUAUUACUGCUGAACUAAUCCUCUGGAAGUGUUUUGUUUGUUUUCUAGCUGAGAGGUGGUAAGUCUGUGUAAGGGUAGUCAUACUGGCUAAAAUCAAUAAAUGUGACUUAAGUU